AAACAAGAUCUAGCCCAAAUUGAGAGGUUUUUCGAGAAUAACGGCUUCGACGGGCGGACUGUGCCAUAGGAUGGCUUGCCUGCAGUCGCCGGCCUCGACAUCGACGUCUCUGGGCGAAAAGUACGCCGUGCAGUUCAGUCAAUGCACUUCCGGAUGUGUAUCGCAUGUUCCAAGCGAUAUACUUCGCCGAGAUUGAAGGAGAGGCGAGUGGAGUAUAGCCGAGUUAUGCUGGAGAAAUACCCGGAUGCAAAAGACUGGAGGCACAUCAGAUUCUCCGACGAAUGCCGCUUUGGCUGAAGUCCUCAGGGUCGAGUCCACGUUAUACGACGACCGUGGGAGCGUCAUUGCCCAGACUGCAUCCUCGAGAAAGAGAUGCCGGCCGAGAAGGAUCAAAAGCGACUACAUUGCUGGGCGGCAGUUGGAUAUAACUUCAAGUCACAGCUUGUAUAGUAUAGUGUACCUGACAACUUCAACGGCAAGAUGACCAUGCAGGUCUAUAGAGACCACAUCCUCGAGCCUAUAGAGGAUAAUGACUCUGGCCAUGAACAGAACGGUCUGGAGUAUUUCUUCAACUACGCUCAAUUCCCUGAUUUUUCUCCCAUUGAAAAGGCAUGGCAGGGGCCGAAGUACUGGGACGAUAAAAUCGUGAAGGAGCUAGCCGAAGAGGGCUGGGCAGCAGUUAAGCAGGAGACUAUCAAUGACUGGGAUUGCUUGGAAUUGGAAGGCGCUAUGACUGGGAUUUAGUUUGUAAUUGAAAUUAUUCAGUUCGGCCACGAUCUG